AUGUCGGUCGACAUGCUGUGCUGUCAGCAGCAUUAUGUUGACCUCUGCCUGGGCUUUCUCCUCUUCAUAGCCGGACUGCAGCAGGUGGAAGCGGCCGCCGACACAGAGAUGGUCAACUUAAACUGGAAGCCCUUCAUCUACGGAGGAAUGGCCUCGAUUGUCGCAGAAUUCGGGACAUUUCCCAUCGACCUGACUAAGACCCGCCUACAGGUGCAGGGUCAGUCCCAGUACACCGAGGUGCGCUACAGGGGCAUGUUCCACGCGCUCUUCAGGAUCGGCCAGGAGGAGGGGAUCCGGGCGCUGUACUCUGGGUACGCUGUGGGUAUUUCCGCUCACAACAGCAAUGACGCCAACUUUGUGUCUGGGUUCGCAGACGAGACGAUGAUCAUCAACGUGUUCUGUGGGGUCGUAUCCGGAGUGAUGUCCUCCAUGUUGGCCAACCCCACCGACGUCCUCAAGAUCAGAAUGCAGGCGCAGGGCAGCCUGUUACAAGGCAGCAUGAUGUCCAACUUCAUCAACAUCUAUCAGACAGAGGGCACCAGGGGGCUGUGGAGAGGUGUCAUCCCCACCGCACAGCGGGCAGCCAUCGUGGUCGGAGUUGAACUUCCUGUCUAUGACAUCACAAAAAAGCACCUCCUUCGCUCCGGCCUGAUGGGAGACACCAUUUUAGCACAUUUCAUUUCCAGUUUCACGUGCGGGCUGGCGGGGGCGCUGGCCUCCAACCCUGUGGACGUGGUCCGCACCCGUAUGAUGAACCAGCGGGUUUUAUCCGGGAGCCCCAUGUAUAAAGGAACGCUGGAUGGUCUGAUGCAGACAUGGAGGAACGAGGGAUUCUUUGCUCUUUAUAAGGGAUUUUGGCCAAACUGGCUGCGACUCGGUCCCUGGAACAUCAUCUUCUUCAUCACGUUCGAGCAGCUGAAGAAGCUCCCGUUUUAACGGGGGGGGGGGGAGGAUGUUGGUCUGCUGGACUUUAUGUGGAGUUUAUGGUCACCAGCAAAGAAGGAACCUGCCAGUCCGCCUGCACUCGCAUCCAGUCCUGUUUUUACUCUCCAUCUGUGCUUUCACUCCAUUUCAGUUGCUCUCCAUCAUGGCGGACGCUCCUCUGGCAGCUAAAGCUUUCAGAACGAUGGAGAAUCAAAAAGGUCACUGGGUUCCUUUACAGCUGAGAAAUAUUCAAACUUUAUUAUUACAGGUUUGUUUUUAUCUGUUGAAAUGAAUGUUUUCUUUAUUUAUUCAAACAUCAUGAUGGUGUGUGACGCGGCUGCACAGGGAAAAUGGAAAAUAAUAUUUUUAGCCAAGGUGUUCAUUUAACAGAUGAAUGAAGGCUGGCUUCUAUCAGCUUCCCUGACUGACAUGAAAACAUCUCAGAUUCGUUCUGAAAAGAUGAUCAAGUUCAGAAGGUAAAGUUAGAGAAUCCGUCUAUGGGAGGAUAUUUACCCCUAAAACCUUUUAGGGACAUUUUUAGAAGCUCUAAUUCUGAGCCAAAGUCUCCUCAGAGAACCAACAGACGGAUCAGAGCAGCUUUCUUUUAAGGACGUUGUUUUAUUUCAUUUUGCCCCAGAGACGUGCUUCUCUGUUUUUAUUCAUCGCCGCCAUGCAGCACCUGCUGCAGCAGAUCCUGUAAACAUCUGGACAGGCCUUCUUCCUCUGAAUCAGCUGCUUUCAGUCUGUCGCUCUACUUUGUGCCAAAACUGCGAUUCAUUGAAUGCAUUAAGCAGACCAGAUUUUAUUUUAGACUAACUUAUUUGAUUUUUUUUGUAAAGGUCCAAAGUUGUUACACCUAAAUAUUAAUAUUCUGGAUUACCAAACAUGAUUCAGUAUCAGGUGUUAUUUUAUUUAAAGGUUUUUCAUAAAUCUGAGGUAGCUAACAUUUAAAAAUGAUCUAAGGUAUCCUGAUCCACUGUUUCCUAAUUUGCACUUUAAUUUAAGAUAAAACUUCUCCUUCAUUUCCAUCUAAACCAAUAAAAAAAAAAAGAUUUUCUAAAUGUAAAAGAUGUCCUCUACUGGAGACCAAAGUGCUCCCAGUUUGCCAGCUGCUGCUGCUGCUGUUCUAGUUGGAGGAUUUCUACACUUUUCUAAUGUUUACAACAAUUAAAAUCUGGCUGCUUAGAUCCGUUCUUCAUGUGAAACAUGCAGACGGCCUCGGUGUGAAACCUGAGGAGCUUCAAUCAUCAGUCUAAUGAUGGUAAAGUUAUGUUUAAAACUACAGCUUAGAAGCUUUAUUCCUCAUUUUUUAAGAAUUUGGCUAUUUUGAUGUUUUGAAGUUUACUUUCUGAAGAAAGACUUGAACAUUUCCAGCUCCAACGAUCUGCUGCCAUCGGGGGGGAAUUUUAACGCCAAAAAAAAACGUUUGCAGGAAUUAAAAUAGUCAAAUUACAAUCUGAGGCAAAAUGUCUCCUAUACUUUUUAUUUUAUUUUAAACUAUGUUCUUCAGUGAAAGGAAAAGUGAUUCUAUGUCUAAUAUCUACUAACAUAGAAACUCUGCUGCCUGUUUUAGGUUCAAUGAAAUGGAAAUUAGAUGAAAGUCAAAGUAUUCUCAAAUUAUUAUACAAGAGAUUAAAUCAUUUUCCCAUUGAAAAAAAUACUUUAAUACAAAGAACAUUUAUUGAUUAUCCUCAAUAAAUGGUGUUUUUUUUUUUUUACAGUUGUGACCUUUUCAUCCUAAUCAGUAAAGAUUUUCUAAUCUAAUCCUCUCCUUCCGAAGCCUCCAGAUUCUGGUGUGACUCUGGUUCACAUGAGGAAUUCAAAAACAUCUGGUUCAGUUUGUUGAAUCACGUUUUAUGAAAAUCAGGUUUGCGUUUUUGUUUCACAGCGUGUGUGAGUUUACGGGUUCCUUAGAGAAGGAAGUGAUGAUGAUGAUGAUGUUUGGUGAGUUAGACGUUUGAAGCACCUUCUCCUCGGGGUUCUUAAAAGUUCUCCAGUUUUUGUUGCUGCAGAAUCAAAGCCUGACUGAGCCUCUCAGACCGUCUGUUUACCGUCUGCAACACUGAACUAUCACUUCUUUUUGUCAUUUCUACUGGGAGUUGUUGGGAUUCUUGUCAUUUGCUUGUUUAUGUACUGCUGUUGAUGAUGCAGGGAUGUAGGAGCAUCGGGAUUGGUUGUUUUAAAAAACAUAAUGAAACUGAAUAAAUGUAGAAGAAGUGGCCGUUCUAUCAGCUGAUGCACAGAACCAAACAUCUUUAGAAAGUAGUGAACUGUCCAAAGAAAAGUGCACUUUAACGUCACUUUUUCUGCAACGUGUAAGUCAGCCGGUUAGAAGGCUAUGCCCACAUUUUCUACAAAAGAAAAGCCGGUUUGAAAAUGAACCUGUCAAAAUGUUUCUGUUGCAUGAAAUGAAGUAAAUGGAUUCAUAUGAUUUAAAACUCUCUAAAUAAUCAGUUUUUAACCCGAUAAAACAAUCCGUUUCACAGCAUGUAGCUAUUGGCAGCUUUGCACAAUGUGAUUGGAAAAAAGUUGAAUUAUUUUCAAUAUAUUGUGAUUGUGUUAUUUGAGGAGACGUUUCCUUUUAAUUUCACUUAGAUAAACUCAGAGGUCAAAAUCUUCCAGGAAUCAAAAUGGGAAAUAAUUUGACCUCAUAUUUAUACCUGAAAGUUACCGUUUUGAUUUUUUUAUUUAUUUAUUGGACUAAAUGUAAUAUUUUAGUAAUAAAAUGAAAUUCACAGGCUGAUUCAGUUGAUCGUUCAAACACAAGAUGCUUCCUUAGUCAGAAUGUGGCCAAAACAAAAUAUUUCUCUGUUUAAUAUUUGAGUCUUAUUUAAAGAAAUAAACAAAUAAAAACCUAAACGAUGUCGCUUUGUGUUUAAUGAUCGAGUUUAGCCUCUGAAAUAAAUGUAGUUUUGAAUAAUUUUGUGACUCAGUGACUUUCACCUGUAUGAUGCCAUAUUUUAAAAUAAUUAUUAGGGUUUGUGUUUAAUCUGCUGCAUGCUUUGAACUCAGGGUUCACUAAAAUGCUCUAAAGUUUCUGCUGCCAUCACAUAUAUUUCUGAACUUGUGCAAUGAACCAGUUUGCACACAGUUGAUGUGUUGGAUAUCCGUCAUAUAAGUGGGAAAUGUCUUUAGUAUUCUGCUGCUGGAAAAGAAAAGCUUUUCAUUUUGUCAAAACUGGAUGAACGAAGCUGUUCUAUCAGGAGAAGAUCUAAUUAGGAGGUUAAAUCUGAGAGGAUGGGCCUUAUCACACCUAUUUUAUCCCGUUUCUUCAUGUUUAACUUGAAUAUUUUCUCUAAAUCUGCAGCAGCUUCCAGAAAAUGUUACAGAUGGUUGCAUUUCCAAACCUCACCACUAGAUGUCCUCCUUUUGCAAAGUCCUGGAGGAAAAAACUAAGAAAUCUGAAUAAAGUUUGUAUUUAGAGACAAUUAAAGCCUCACUUUGUUUCUCCUCUAGAUAUUUGUUUUCAGAUGCUUUGUGAUAUUUUCUCUUUGUAAAUAAUUGAAAUCUUCUGUCUGCUAAAUAAAAACGCCUGCUGUGUGGAAAUAGAGCAAAUAAUAAUAAUAAUCAUGCUUGUUUUACAUCUAUGAAUUCACCUGUUUUUUGAUUUAUGGGAGAAUAUUUAUAAAAGUAAUUUUCCUCCUUACAUGUGACUUCCUCCAUGAUUCAUUAAUAUUUCAAUCCUUUCCCCCUGAAACUUUUUCCACAGUUUAGAGGAUUUCUUUUCACCAGUCUGCAAACCAAAGCAUUAAACACGUAAAGCACGUUCUGAAAUAUCUGCUUCUUCUGGUUAAAUGUUUCCUUCAAAUGUCUGAAUUAUUCACAGCAGUGAAUUAAUAAAGCAGUUAAAUUCAGAGCUAUCUUUAUUCCAACAUUUCACUCCAUGAAUGUUUAUACUACAGCUUUUA